AUGGAGGAGGCGGGGCCGCAGUGGGCGGGCCUCCGCCAGGCCUCGCCCCUCGCCGCCAGCACUGUCCUCGCGUCUCCAAGUCACCCAGGCCUCGCUGGGCGCCCAGCGCCGCGCACCCUGCCGCCGGGCCGCUGGGGUCUAUGGAACAUCCUCUCUGCGCCCGCUGGCCGGCUCUCCGCCGUGCCUGGAGGCUGCCCCGAGGCCGGCCUGCAGGCGCAGCGCAAAGAGAAAUCCCGGAACGCGGCGCGCUCCCGGCGCGGGAAAGAAAACCUGGAGUUUUUCGAGCUGGCCAAGCUGCUCCCGCUGCCCGGCGCCAUCUCGAGCCAGCUGGACAAGGCGUCCGUCGUGCGCCUCAGUGUCACCUACCUCCGCCUGCGGCGCUUCGCCGCGCUCGGGGCGCCCCCUUGGGGACUGAGAGCCGCGGGGCCGCCGGCAGGUUUGGCCCCAGCCAGGAGGGCCUCGCUGGCGCUGGUCUCAGAUGUCUUCGAGCAGCACCUGGGAGGACACAUCUUGCAGUCCCUGGACGGUUUCGUCUUUGCCUUGAACCAGGAGGGGAAGUUUCUCUACAUAUCGGAGACUGUCUCCAUCUACCUGGGCCUCUCACAGGUGGAGCUGACGGGCAGCAGCGUCUUCGACUAUGUCCAUCCUGGGGACCACUCCGAGGUGCUGGAGCAGCUGGGCAUGCAGGCACGGACGCCCGGACCCCCCACCCCGUCCUCCAUCUCUUCCUCUUCAUCCUCCUCUUCCUCUUCCUCCUCGCUGGCCGAGACCCCAGAGAUUGAGACCAGCCCCGCGCAGGUGGCCCCAUCCUCGCGGGUCCAGGAACGCUCAUUUUUCAUCCGCAUGAAAUCCGCCCUCACGAAGCGCGGGCUGCACGUCAAGGCGUCGGGGUACAAGGUCAUCCACGUGACCGGGCGCCUCCGGGCCCGCGCGCUGGGCCUGGUGGCGCUGGGCCAUACGCUGCCCCCGGCCCCGCUGGCCGAGCUGCCGCUGCACGGCCACAUGAUUGUCUUCCGCCUUAGCCUGGGGCUCACCAUCCUUGCUUGUGAGAGCAGAGUCAGUGACCACAUGGACUUGGGGCCCUCGGAGCUGGUGGGGCGGAGCUGCUACCAGUUCGUCCAUGGUCAGGACGCGGCAAGAAUCCGCCAAAGCCACCUAGACCUACUGGACAAGGGCCAGGUGAUGACCGGUUAUUACCGUUGGCUACAGCGAGCAGGGGGCUUCGUCUGGUUGCAGUCCGUGGCCACGGUGGCCGUGAGUGGCAAGAACCCUGGGGAGCGCCACGUGCUCUGGGUCAGCCACGUGCUUAGCCAAGCUGAGGGCAGCCAAACGCCUCUGGACGCCUUCCAGCUUCCGGCCAGGGUGACAUCUGAGGAUCCGCCCAGCCCUGAGCCCCAGCCCACAGAGCCAGACCCUCCAGUGGGCGGGAAGCAGAUUGCCCCCCCGGACAAGGAUGAGCGUCCACAGACCCGGGGCAAGCGCAUCAAAGUAGAACCUGGCCCAGGGAAACCCGCAGACCCGGAGGACAGCGAGGAAGAGGCCCCGCCGCCAGGCUGCCCCACCCGGCCACAGCCCGAGUUCACGUCGGUCAUCCGGGCAGGGGCCCUGAAGCCAGACGUGGUGCGGCCCUGGGGCCUGGCGCUGCCUGGGGAGCCCCCGGGGUCCCUGUUCCAUGCGGGCUUCCUGGCGCCCAGCAUGCGGGGUCUGUGCACGCCAGGCACUAUCCGCUAUGGUCCCACCGAGCUGGGUCUCCUGUACCCGCACCUACAGAGGCUGGGCCCGGGCCCUACGCGUCCUGAGGCCCACUACCCAGCCCUGGGCCUGCCCUACCCCAGGCCCAUGGGCACCAGGGAGCAGAGGGAGGGAGACUAAUAGCCCGGACAUGGCUCGGA